UACUAAGGGUACCCCUAAUAUAUGGGACUUGAGGACUAAGGGUACUCCUAUAUGAGACAUUUCAUCAGUCCUGCGAGCUGAGCUGAACUGUUUGAACAGUUCAGUUCAGUUCGAAAGAACUGUUCGAACAGUUCAGUUCAGUUUGGGAGAACUGUUCGAACAGUUCACCAGUUCGGAACGAUUUCCGAACUGUCAUAGUCCUAGUACUUUGUUGAGCUGAUGAUCUUAGAUUGAAUAGGUUAACAUAUGUAAAUAUUUUCUUGUUGAGUGAAAGAAAAUGUAUUUAUCAUCUAUAGACAUUAGUACAUAAGUGUUACUUAAUUGAGAUAAAGAAUGUGUCAAUGUAUACGAUUUGAUAUUCAAAGAAAUGCUCAUAAUAUUCUUAUUUUUUGUUUAGUCAUUUCUCUAUGUUUUCUUCUACUUUUUAUUUUCAAUUAUUGGUAAUUUUACAUUUUUUGUCUUUGCAAUUCAUUUACUUGAUGUUGCAAUAAGUGUAAAAGCUUUAAGUACAAUAUUAAAAUCUAUAACACACAAUGGUCGACAAUUACUUUUAACAAUGAUGUUAAUGGCUGUUAUUGUUUAUCUUUAUACAGUGAUUGCAUUUAAUUUUUUUCGUAAAUUUUAUACGAAAGAAGAAGAUGAAGAACGAGAAGAAAAUUGUAAAGAUAUGUUUACCGUAAGCCAAUAAACAAAUAUAUAUAUAUAUUACUUACAGUUCUGGACAAAAUUUGUGACUUUCGAUGAAGUGCUACUAUUCUUUAUAAUAUUGAGUUGAUAUUUUGGAUGUAUACGUUCAACAAGAAAUCUCGAUAGCAAGCACUAAUCUGUUUCUUCCAUUAGUUCAUAUAUCGUUCUCCUAUUGUGAUAAUUUUAUGUUAACCACUUACCCCCCAUAGCGCUUCCAGAAGAGCCACUGAUAAAAUAACUUUAUAAAUAGAGUAUUAGCCUAUUGAAUAUGCCAAUGGUGCGGCCUAAUCCACCGAAUGUCCUGUUCCUGGAGUAGGGCGAUUUG